GUUGUCGCACGGAGGAGCCGAGGCUCGUCUGUCCCACUUGGUUUAAACCUGUAAAACAUUCUAACGUCGCCUCGCCAUGGCGUCGUUUGUGACCGAAGUCCUCGCCAGCUCCGGCAAACUGGAGAAAGAAGACCUGUCCGGCAAAAUUAGCAAAAUGUCGCGCAAGGUGGAGGAUACCAAGGAUGAAGUAUGUGACAUGAUAAAUAAGCGAUAUCGUGACUUCAUACCUAAUCUCCACGGAUCCGAGGAGCUAAUGGAGCAGGUGGAUGAGGUCUCCAAUGAACUGGAUGUCCUUAAAAAUUGCGUUGAGAAUGAGAUACAGCAGAAUAUCCAUGUGGCUGUGGCUGAGUAUGCAAAGCUGAAGCAGCAGCUGGAGAAAAAUACCAUCAUCAUAACAAUGCUAGGAUACAUAAAAGAGUUUCACGAUGCAAUGGAGGAAUUCAGCAAAUCUUUACAAGCGAAGAAGUAUGUUGAUGCAGCAAACCAGCUGGAAAGGGCAAGAGCCAGUGUGGAUUCAUUGAAGGAUUUGAAGACGUCCCAGCUGCCGCUGCUCAGUACUCUCAGCAUGGAGCUGACGGUGCAGAGAGAAGACCUAAUUUACCACAUGGGAGAUGAAUGGAAACGCCUCGUCAUCUGGACAUUACCAUCCUCAAAGGAGCCUGCAGGUCUGAAAUCCUUCCUGAAGGUUGAGCUGAAGCUGAGCCACCCCGGCAGUAAAGAGGGGGAACCUAAACCACCUGCUUUGUUGUGCUGUGUCCUGCAAGCUCUGGCCAUCCAGGGAGACCUUCAGCACAAGAUCAAACUCUUCAGUCAAGUACUGUUGAAGAACGUGGUGAAGCCGUUGGUGGUGUACCCGUCACUGUCUGUGAAGGUAACAGAGCAGCAGGGUGAGGGAACUUUCCUCACUUUAGAGUGUUUGAAGGAGAGCCAAGAGGAGCGAUCCACACCUUCACAGGUCUACAGGAAACUGCUCCUGGUGCUCCAGACACUACACUCGCACAUGCUAGACGUGUCCAUUGUUGAUAAAAAGCUCUCAACUAUCUUGGGGGAGCUGAUUUGGGAGGAAAUUUCCCAGUGCAUCAUCCACGAGUGUCUGGUCUACUCCAUCCCCACCAACAGCAGCCAGCUAGAGAAAUAUAAAAGUGUGAUCAUGGAAACAGAGGAGUUUGAGAAGUCUCUGAAGGAGAUAGAGUUUCUGCAGGGCGACUCAACAGAACUGCUCAAAUAUGCCCGAGACGUCAACAGUCACUUUGCUAGCAAGAAGUGCAAGGAUGUUAUCGUGGCGGCCCGCAAACUCAUGACCUCCAAGAUGCACAACACUGUCAAGAUCACACCAGACUCCAAGCUGCGUCUCCCCAAGCUCCCUGCUCCAAGUUCAGAGCUGAAGGUGAAGCAGGAGGCCACAAAGGAGGACAUCACGAUGGAGAACACGAAGCAGCUCUCUGCGUGGAGUCUGUGUCUACCGGCCUGUCGCAUCAGUGAGUCAGUGCAGCAGCUGAUGGAGCUGACACUCAACACCCUAUUUGAGGCUGUCGGAAGCUCCACACAAUGUGCACUACAACUCUUCUUCACUGUGAGAAACAUUUUCCAGCUGUUCUAUGAUGUUGUGCCAACAUAUCACAAGGAGAACCUGCUCAAGUUCCCUCACCUUGCUGCCAUUCAGCACAACAACUGCAUGUACCUGGCCCACCACCUGCUCACUCUGGGACACCAUUUCAGAGGUCAUCUGCCACAGCCCCUCAGCGAGGGGGUUGCAACGUUUGUGGACAUGGUGCCCGGAUUCAGGAAACUGGGUGCUCAGUGCUUCUUAGCUCAGCUGAAUGUGCAGAGAGCUGAACUGUUGGAGAGACUUUCCACUGCUCACAACUUCUGCAAUCUGGAUGACGAAGAUAAUUACAUUGCAGCGAGCAAAGCAGUCAGACAGGUGAUUCAUCAGUUGAAACAGUUGGGUACAGUGUGGCAGGACGUCCUGCCGGUCAGCACCUAUUGUAAAGCCAUGGGCAACCUCCUCAACACUGCCAUCACUGAAGUCAUUGCCAAAAUCAUGAUGCUUGAGGAUAUUUCCUCUGAGGAUGGGGAGCAGCUGCACGCCCUGUGCCAAACCAUCAUCGAGGAAGGUCCACUCGUCUUCAUCCCUCUGGCCGAGGAAAACAAGAACAAGAAGUAUCAGGAGGAAGUGCCCCUCUAUGUGAAGAAGUGGAGCACCUUCAAGGAGCUGGUCAUCGUGCUGCGGGCUAACCUGCAGGAGAUUGUUGACAGGUGGGCUGACGGUAAAGGUCCUUUGGCGUUGGAGUUCUCCUGUUCCGAGGUGAAGAAUCUGAUCCGAGCCUUGUUUCAGAACACAGAGAGGAGAGCUGUGGCUCUGACCAAAAUCAAAUAAACACUUGGAGCUAAUCAACAAUGAGACGAUACUAGAGCACUUCUUCCUCUGUGGAAAACAGCAUUUGUGUCUUAAAUCAUUUCCAUCCUCUGUUAUGUACAUUAAAUAUAUUACUUCUCUCUUCCUUUAACAUAAACCACAUGGUGACAUUAAUAAAUACUGAGAGAAAAACCUAAAGAUUUGAGGUAUGGUAUAUAAUUUUGUAUCGCCAAAAAGAGCCCCAGUCAUGCUAAAUAAGUUUACUUACAGCAGCAUAAGACCUUUUAUGUGAUGCCAUUAAACACAACAUAAAUCUCAAGUACAUUUUCUGUUAUGUCUGUUAAACAUACACGUUCAUGUAUGCAGUUGGAACUGUUUGGUGGUCUCUGGGAUUAUGACUGGUUGUAAUCAAUCUGUGGGAUCUGGUUCUUCUCAUCAGGCUGUAAUCAGUCCCACAGAGAUUAAAGGAAUUCGUCUUUACAUCAGCCUGCAGAGUCAGUCCUAUAGCUUCGCUUCGGGGGGGAUGUUCCAUGACAAAGCCAGCUAAGGUUGUGUAACCAUUGGCCUGCCAUCUGUUGACAUGUGAUGUGGCAUCCAGGGUUCAUUUUGUUGGUCAAACAUCUUUGUUGCACUGUGCUUGUGUCAGAGUUCUCAGUUCUGUACUGAUGUCAUUUCAGGGGAAAGGGUUUGCUGAGUUUGUUCAGAUCUCAACGCCUCUAAAUGAACAUGUGGCUCUAACGGAGAAUCACAGAAACUGGCACCUCAUAAAAAUAUCCAUGUACAAGCAAGGAGUGAAAAGGAACUCUUCACUAAUGUAUUUAUUAUUUCUCAAAAUAAACCAAAAGAUGCAACUUU